AUGGCGGCGGGGCCGGACGCGCUGAGCCUGUUCACGGCCAUCGGCCUGAGCGAGCCCAAGGCUCGCGAGACCCUGAAGAACGAGGCGCUGAGCGCGCUGCUCCGGGAAGCCGUGACCCAGGUAACCCGUCUGCGCUGUGAGGAGUGUGCCCCUGGUUACUACGGGAACCCCUCGCGGGCCGGCGGGCACUGCCAGCCCUGCCAAUGCAACGGCAACAUCGACCUGCUGGACGCGGAGGCGUGUGAGCGACGCUCGGGGCGCUGCCUGCGCUGCCUGCACCACACGGAGGGGGCGCACUGCGAGCACUGCCAGGCCGGCUACUACGGCGACGCCACCCGCCACAGCUGCCGGCGCUGCUCCUGUAACGUCCUGGGCACAGAGAGCAGCGAGUGCAGUGCGCAGGAGGAGUGCCAGUGUGAUCGGCGCAGCGGGCAGUGUCAGUGCUUGCCCAGCGUCCAGGGGCAGAGCUGUGACCGCUGCAUCCCCAAUUUCUGGAACCUGGCCAGUGGGAAGGGCUGUGAGCCCUGCGCCUGCCACCCCCAGCACUCACUGGGCCCCGCCUGCAACCAGUUCACAGGGCAGUGCCCGUGCCGGCCGGGCUUCGGGGGCCGCACCUGCGCUGACUGCCAGGAGAACCACUGGGGCGAUCCCAGCCUGCAGUGCCUAGCCUGUGACUGUGACCCCCGCGGGGUCACAAGCUCCCAAUGCCACCGCACCACCGGGCACUGCUCCUGCCGCCAGGGGCUGUCGGGCGUCCGCUGCGACCACUGCGCCCGCGGCUUCUCCGGUGCCUUCCCCGACUGCCAGCCCUGCCACCAGUGCUUCGGGGACUGGGACCGUGUGGUGCAGGACCUGGCUGCCCGCACCCGGGGCCUGGCACUGCGCGCCAAACACAUCCAGCAGACGGGCGUCGCAGGCGCCUUCGAGAGGGACUUCCGCCAGCUGGAGGAGAAGCUGGGCACGGCCCGGGCCAUUGUGGACGCCCGCAAUGCCACCGUGGCAGCUGUGAGCCAGCUGCUGCGCACCAUGGAGGAGCUGCGGCAGCACAUCGGCGAAGCCACAGAGACACUGACCCAGCUGGAGGGCGAGCUCACCGUGGCACAGGAUGAGAACUACAACGCCAAGCGUGCCCUGGGCACCCUGGACCGUGGCGCCCGCGGCCUCAAUCUCACCUUGCAUGACCUGGCACACCAGCUCCACCUGCUCAAGAACUCCAACUUCCUGGGUGCCUACGACAGCAUCCGCCAGUCCCACGCCCAGUCGUGGGCGGCUGAGCACGAUGCCAAUGCCUCCAGUCUGGCGGUGCCCAGCUCUGUGAGCGACUCAGCUGCCACGCGGCGCCGCUCGGAGCAGCUGGUGGCACGGAGGAGAGACGACUUCAACCGCCAGAGUGCAGCCAGCCGGCGGGCGCUGAGCCAGCUGGCCACCAGGGCCGAGGCACUGCAGCUGCGGGAGCUCAACGAGAAGGUGUGUGGUGCCCCUGGGGAUGCCCCGUGCUCCAGCAGCCCCUGCGGAGGGGCCGGCUGCCGGGACGAGGACGGCAGGCACCACUGCGGGGGCCUCAACUGCCAGGGGGCGGUGGCCACGGCCAGCAGCGCGCGAGAGCGGGCCCGGCACACCCAGGCCGAGCUGCAUCAGGCCAUGGGGGAGGUGGACGAGCUUUUCCACAAGGUGGCCGAGGCCAAGGGGAAGGCUGACUCAGCCCGGCUGAGCGCGCAGGCGGCGCUGGACAAGGCCAACGAGACCAGGGCGCGUGUGGAGCGCUCCAACAUGGCUCUGCGCGAGCUCAUCCACCAGAUCAAGAGCUUCCUGAGCCAGGAGGGGGCCGACCCCGACAGCAUUGAGGUGGUGGCCGGGCGGGUGCUGGCGCUCUCCAUCCCGGCCUCGCCCGACCAGAUCCGCCACCUGGCCGAGGAGAUCAAGGAGCGCGUCCGCAGCCUGGCCAACGUGGAUGCCAUCCUGGAGGAGACAGCAGGCAAUGUGCGCCGGGCGGAGCAGCUGCUGCAGGACGCCCGCAGGGCCAGGUCGCGGGCAGAGAGCGUGAAGAACGGGGCUGAAGUGGGGAGGCGGGCGCUGGAGGAUGCCAGGCGAGCCCAGAGCGCCGCUGAGAGCGCCAUCCGCAGCGCCAGCAACGACAUCCGCCACACGGAGGGCACCCUGAGCACGAUCCAGCUGCAGACGGCGAGCACAGAGCGCCAGCUGCAGGGUGCCAUGGAGCAUGUGGGGCAGCUGGACAGCCAGCUGGGCGCACUGAAGAUGAGACGGGCCAAUAACAGCCUGGUGGCCACACGGGCCAAGGAUGUGGCCAGCGCCACGCACGCCCAGGCUGGGGAGGUCAAGCAGUUGGCAGAGGGGCGGCUGGAGGCCGGGUACCAGGCGGCACAGGAGCUGGUGCAGAGCCAGGCACGUUCUGCGCUGCAGGCCAGGCACCGGGCGGAGCGGCUGCGUGAUGAGGCCAAGGCUCUCCUGCAGGAUGCUCAGGGGAAACUGCAGCGCCUGACAGCGCUGGAGGGGUCGUACCAGGAGAACGAGCGGGUGCUGGAGGAGAAGGCGGCCCAGCUAGAUGGGCUGGAGGCUAAGGUGAAGGGCAUCGUGGGUGCCAUCAACCAGCAAAUCCAGAUCUACAACACCUGCCAGUGACCCCAAGUGCCCCCCCAGCCUGUCACUCCCAUCCCUCAACCCAACCAACCCAUACCCAUGCCCAGCCCCCUCUCCACGUCUGCCAGGGCCUGGGCUCCCCUGCAUGGCUCCGACCCCCUGGGAGAGCCCUGCCCCCUCGGGACGUCCUGGGCCCCUGUCCUGGGCUGGCACAGUGCCCCUUCCGCAACCCAGGGCUCUGCGCUGCCUCCAGCCGGGGGCAACAGAACCCUGGCCCAGCGCUAGGCUGGGGGGCUGACGGGGACUUGCGCCCGCCACAGUGGGCAGGGCACAGGGGUCACGAGACAAGGUCUUGCAUCCUGUGGCGCUUUACCCUGGCACAUGGUGGGGGCAGCUUGCGUGUGAAUAAAGCCCUCGCCUGGACUCACUGCCUCUCCUUGUGUGUGGUUCAUGGGCUGGGGACAGGUGCAGGACUGCCGUGCCGCCAGGUCCCAGGCAUAUGCUUCUCUGGCACACACUGCCUGCCCUGCCCCCACCAGCUCUCAUGCAAACCAUGGCAGCCAGCAGACUGUGUCCUCCAUCACUGCUCCAGGCUGCUCAGAGCCGGAGCUGGGCCUGGCCUGGGCACGUGUGAGGGGAGGGAACAUGGUGGGUUGGUAGCAGAGCUGCCAGCUGUGCACCCACCCAGCGGGGCGGGGGGAGCUGCGUGGCCGUGAGGGGAAG